GUUAUGGAAGUAAUUAAGAUAAUUAUGGAUGACCAAGAAUGUGAAACAUACAUGCAGUAAUAAACUAUAAAUAUCUGAUUGGGAGGAUAAAAAAACGAUGAAGACAUUAUGUGAAUGACAGAAAUUAUGGUUGUUAUUAUAUUUCAUAAAAGCAUGUACUAUGUAGCUGACUGAUGCAUGUUAAUUUAAGUUAUCGGCACCUGAAAAAGUUAAAGUUAACUGUUUUUUUUUCCAUUUGUCGGCAGAUCAAAACAAUGAAGGAACUGUACUUACCUUAACUUCAUGAAUUGUAUCAGAAAAUUGCUGGCAAAUUACAGCAGCUUACUCGAUCGUUUAAUGAAAGCGGUAAAAUCUAUGUCACCUAAGGCAUUGAGUGCUUCUGUCAGGGACAUUGGCUCUGUUGUCAGCAUGGUUGAUAGGUUUGCAGGAUCAGCUCCCGUUAAUGGAUCUAGAGCUGCAGUUGGUGAGGAUUUAGUUGCUAUGACAAACUGUCGUUUACAAGUAAGAAAUUUCAUGAGCCAAGACAGAACUAACGGGACAAGGAAAAUGAAGCGCUACACUAGUGCCAUGCCAUUAAAUGUCGUAUCAAUAACCAGUAGUAUUAAUGAUUCGGAAAUAUCAAAACUAGAGUCAACUGCAACAUCUGGUAUCAAGAGGUGUAAGUUAGAGGAAAUUCAUGCUCUUAAAGACGAAAUUAGGGAAAUAAAUCAUCGUCUUAUUGACACUGUUAUUGAUAUUAGUGAGGAAUCAAGUGUUGUAGCAGCUGCUGCUGAAGGAGAUAAAGGGACCAUUGUCAAGUGCUCUUUCAGCGCCGUGGCACUCAGUCACCAUAAUUGCUUAAUAUGGUUUUUUUUUCUAGGUUAUUGAUCUCUUAUGUAAUUGAAGUUAAUUUUAUUGAC